ACUGGGAGUGGAGUAAAAGGGUUAAGAUGACGACGAUGACAUCACUAGCAUUUGCAUAGAAGUGAGGAUAUAACUGCUCAAGCAGAGCAAGCGCUUUAUACAGUCCAGAGCAGCAGCUGCAAAGAUCAGAGUUACGUCUGUGUACAGCGUCAGUGAUUAAUCUGCAAAAAUGUCCGACAAACCAGAUAUGGCUGAAAUUGAGAAGUUUGACAAGUCUAAAUUGAAGAAAACAGAAACGCAAGAGAAAAACCCACUGCCUUCAAAAGAAACAAUUGAACAGGAGAAGCAAGCGGGUGAAUCGUAAUGAAAUCUGCCCUUCCAAAUUAUGCACUGUACAUUCCACAAGCAUUGCCUUCUUAUUUUACUUCUUUUAGCUGUUAACUUUGUAAGAUGCAAAGAGGUUGGAUAAAGUUUAAAUGACUGUACUGCCCCUGUCACAUCAAAAGAAUAGAGAGAACUACUGACACUGAAUGAAGGCGCUGCCUUUCCAUCUAUCUGCCUGUCUGGGUUUGGUCUUGGUGGCAUGAAAGAGCUUGCAUGUUGAUGAAAGAAGAACUUGGGUGGGACUACAGUAAACUAGUAACACACGAAUAAAUGCAAAGCUGUACCAAGGUCCUGCGAGCUGUAAAAUGCAGUUAAUUGAGUGCCAUUUUUUUUGUUCAAAUGAUUUUAAUUAUUGGAAUGCACAAUUUUUUUAAUAUGCAAAUAAAAUGUUUUAAAACCUG